AUUGCUUCCAAGAUCGCUUCGACCGUUCUCAUUACACGUUAAACUAUAGUUUCCACCAAACUAGUUUUAGGAAGGUAGUGAGAACGGUGUCCUAGUUUCCACUAAACUAGUUUUAGGACGGUAAUGAGAAUGGGAUCUAAAUUAAAGUGUUUGUAAACUUUGUACUUGUAGUACUUACUGAGCUGAUAUGAGAUAAAUUUCAAAACAAUAGCAAAGCUGACCCCAGAUACAUGUAUGUGUAUCCAGCUGUUUUAUGAAAAGAAUAAAUAUACAGAGAUCGAAGGCCAGAAAGGGUCACAGUUUUAUUCCUGAUGAUUUGAAAGGAAAUCUGUAGUAGGCAUGCAUAUUAUCAGUAUCUGAGCUCCUUAAAUAUUGAUUCAAUUUUUGCUUGGAGAAAAUGAAUAUAAAGUAUUGACGUAGAGUAUUUCAAGAUGUUGAUUUGUUUCAGUUUAUCCCUAAAAGAGCCGGGUUAUUUGGACCCCUCUCACAGCCGGGGGAGAUGGAUUUCGCCCCCCUGAGAUCUCCACCUUCGAUCGCACGAGCGCCACAAAAAUUUGCACAGUGGUAGCGUGUAAUAAAAUCUACAAGGAUGUAUGGUUAAAUUUUUGAAAUAAUAAGAUUUUUCAUUUAAUGAAUUAAUUAUGCCAAUUUAUGCAUGAAAUAAAUCAUUUGCUCUGAUCAACUAUCAUACGGCACCAAAACUGCUAAUUUUUUAUUCACAGACUCUAUGUAGAAUCCCGAUCAAAUGUACUUCAAAAAAAUUUGGUAUCGCAAUUUUUUUUCUUAUGUAUUUUUUUUUUUUUUUUUUAAUUAGUUUCUUAUGUAUUUCUUUGGUUUUUUUACUUUUUGUUUUCUACUGUUUUUUGAUGAAAAUUGUUGCAGACUUAAUCCAGAUCAUAAACCAAAAAAUUAAUCAAGUUUAAUAAGUAAAAGUAGAAAUAAUGAUACAUUUAUGAAUUUUGGCUAAAUACACAAUUUGCAUUGGAUUUGUACAUGAAUUCACGUUUUUGAGCAGUUUUGGGUCUGACAUGCACUUACGUAAUGUUGUGUAAUUUCGUAACCGCGUACCCGGGCAUCGCAAAUUUGGUCUCAAUAGUUGUACAAGAUUUUAAAGUAAAAAGUCAGCGAGCGGCGCCGUUUAAAAAUUUCACGCGGCGGAUUUAUCAUGAAAAAUGUAGAGGGGGGCGGAAUCCCCACCCCCCUCCCCGGGGCUUUUAGGGUUAAUAUUGCAUGUCGUUUUUAGCAAGUAAGCCUUCUGCAGCGCGCAACACUGGCACUGGUCCGACGGUCCCAGACCAGUAAAAAUUGCUGUCGGGCCAGUAACUUUUCAGAAAUAGCCAGAUUUACUGGUCUGACAUGACCAGUAAAAUAUAUAUCAAACUAAUAUAAAUGAUAUUUUCUCCUCUUUAGUAAAUAAUAUAAAUGGCUUUGGCAUCUUUAAAGUGGCUUUCCAAAACUGUGAAAUGGUUCGCAUGAAUUGUAUUCUCUGUGUGUAUGUGUGCACUGUUUGUUAGUAAAAAAAAAAAUUGGGGGGGGGAGGCAAUAAAAGACAGCAAAAUAAACAAGUCUUUAUUUGAAUUUAUUCAUGUUUUUCUUUAUUUUGGGGACCAGUGAAUUUUAGGUUUGGACCAGUAAAAAAUGGAAAAACUGGGUAUCUACUGGUCCGAAAAGAACAGGUUGGACCAGUAGAAAAAGAGGGUUAGUGUGGAGCCCUGCCUUCUGGUUAAUAAACUUUAAUUUUUUUUAUUUCGGAAACUGAUUUUUUAUCUUGUCUCAAGUUAUGCUUAACUAUUUUUAUAAUUAUCAUUGUAAGUAUUAGUAUUCAAAUCACAAUUUUAUCAACCUCAUUGUUAAUGUUGUUAUUUUUGUUGUUGAUGUUUGCAAAAUACACAAUUACAUGCAUGAUAAACAAUAUUCACCAAUCAACAGAUAACAAACGUUGCUGGGAUUUAAUAGCUAGUAGGAAGGCAGGGAGAUGGAGAUGGUGCCAUGGCAGGCAAACUUGAGUGAUCUUGGAUUAAUAGGGACAGUCUAUCAUCAGAAAAAAAGAGGAAUGAAAAAAGAAAAACAUGGCUAUGUUCACUGUGUCAUAUGGUGGUUUAGAUGAUAAAUUAAGUGAUCGUCAAAUGGCAAAGGAGAGAUCUCAGAUGCACUUUGCAGCAAGUCAGGGUCAGCUGAUGGUACUUCAUAGUCUGAUUAAAGAAGGAGCCAGUGUGAACAAGAAGACUAGUAUGGGAUACACCCCUCUCCAUGAUGCAUGUUGGACCAACCAUUCAUAUUGUGCAUCUCAUCUACUAAAGGCUGGAGCAGAGGUUGAUGCAAUGAGUUCCGAUGGGAAGACUCCCUUGUCAUUAGCAAGUAGUGUUGGAAGCAAAGAUUGUGUGAAAUUACUCUUGGAUUGGAAGGCAAAAGUCAAUGUUGAAGAUGAAUCUUGUCCUUCACCAUUGCAUGCAGCUGCAGUAGCAGGUCAUCAUGAAUGUGUGGACCUACUAAUUGAUGAAGGGGGGAAUGUAAAUGGUAAAAAUCCUUACUAUGGGACACCUCUCCAUUCAGCAUGUGGGAAGUCAAGCAAAGAAUGUUCUUCUUCAUUAAUAUCAUCAGGUGCGAAUAUAAAUGCAUUGAGAAAGAGAGACCUUCAGACUCCUCUCCAUGUUGCUGCUACAGUGAAUUGUGAUCAACUAGUGCAUUUAUUAGUAUGUAAUGGAGCUGACAUCCAUGCAAGAGACAAGCAAUCUAAGAAGCCUAUUGACCUUGUAGACAAAGAGUCCAGUGCACAUACAUUAUUACAGACAUUUAUGACAAACCCAGAAAGCCUAAUAAGUUUAUGCAGAAAUCAGAUUCGCACUUCUCUUGGCCCGUCUGCCCCACAGAAUCAAGUAAAGGAUUUGGACCUCCCUCAGCCUCUCAAAGAAUACAUCACUUACACAGAGAAGCCAUCUUCAUUCUAGAUAUUAUCUGAGGAUCUAGAAUCAAUCAAAUCUAAUGUCAUUAGCAGCGUGACAGACAUUGGCUCUUCUAUUCUUUGAAACUUGUGACUUACUGGAAUCAGACUAAUCAGAAGGCGAUGUAGUUAGGUAUGGACGUAGUUUACUAAUGGCUGUCUACCAUUUUGAUAUCAAUUAACAACUCAAUGUUGAAUGAAGCAGCUGAAGAAUCAAAUCAAUUGUUUUGGACAUUAUACUCUGAUUACGUAUCUAUUAUUCUAGAUUGUUACAUUAUAUGAUCACCAUGCAACUCAUCACUUUUCUGUGCAACUGAUAAUUUUUAUUUUGAAAAAAAUAGUGAAGUUUAUUUUGAGAGAGAUCUGGAAAUCACAUUUCAAAUUGUAAAUCAAAACAUUAAAAAUCAUGUUGCUUUUAUUUUCAUUUGAAGACUGAAAAGAACAGGCUUAUAAUGAUAAAUAUAUAGCAAGUAAGAGAGGAUAAUGAGAAAGAGAGAGAGAGUGAGGAAGAGAAGGGAAAUGGUUGGAGAUACAAAGACAAACUCAAGAGAUGACAUUGAAGAGAGAUAAUAACUUGUGAACUGAAUAUAUAUCUCCCAGUGGCGGAUCCAGGUCUGGGCACAUCUGGCCUGUGCCCCCCUUUGAGAGACAUAAGAAAUAUUACGGGAAUAUGUCAUGCAAACGCAAGUGAAGACCUUUUUAAUUUUUUUUUUUUUUUUGCUUGCCAAACAACCAUUGAUUGGGAGUGUGAAGACCUUUUUUUGGGGGGGAUGUUAAUUUUUGUCUCACCUGCAUAGCAGAGUGAGACUAUAGGCGCCGCUUUUCCGACGGCGACGGCGGCGUCAACACCAAAUCUUAACCUGAGGUUAAGUUUUUGAAAUGACAGCAUAACUUAGAAAGUAUAUGGACCUAGUUCAUGAAACUUGGCCAUAAGGCUAAUCAAGUAUUACUGAACAUCCUGCCUGAGUUUCAUGUCACAUGACCAAGGUCAAAGGUCAUUUAGGGUCAAUGAACUUAGACCAUGUUGGGGGAAUCAACAUCAAAAUCUUAACCUAAGGUUAAGUUUUUGAAAUGUCAUCAUAAAUUAGAAAAUAUAUGGACCUAGUUCAUGAAACUUAUACAUAAGGUUAAUCAAGUAUCACUGAACAUCCUGCAUGAGUUUCACGACACAUGACCAAGGUCAAAGGUCAUUUAGGGUCAAUGAACUUUGGCCAAAUUGGGGUAUUUGUUGAAUUACAGCCAUAAAUUUGAAAGUUUAUGGAUCUGAUUCAUGAAACUUGGACAUAAGAGUAAUCAAGUAUUACUGAACAUCCUGCCUGAGUUUCAGGUCACAUGAACAAGGUCAAAGGUCAUUUAGGGUCAAUGAACUUAGACCAUGUUGGGGGAAUCAACAUCAAAAUCUUAACCUAAGGUUAAGUUUUUGAAAUGUCAUCAUAAAUUAGAAAAUAUAUGGACCUAGUUCAUGAAACUUAUACAUAAGGUUAAUCAAGUAUCACUGAACAUCCUGCAUGAGUUUCACGACACAUGACCAAGGUCAAAGGUCAUUUAGGGUCAAUGAACUUUGGCCACGUUGGGGGUAUUUGUUGAAUUGCCAUCAUAUCUCUAUAAGUGUAUUGGUCUAAUUCAUAAAACGUGGAAAUACGAGUAACCAAGUAUCACUGAACAUCUUGUGCGAGUUAUAGUAGUUUUCAAAAUCAGCACUGCUGCUAUAUUGAAUCGUGUGAUGCAGGUGAGACGGCCAGAGGCAUUCCACUUGUUACUCUACAGAAAUGCCCCCGCCGCCUUGGGAAAACGAAAUCCUGGAUCCGCCCCUCUUGAUAACUCCUGUAUGUUUUAUUUUUAUAUUAAUUUUUUCCUACAAAUGUUGCUGAAGUCAUACCCUCAUAAUGGAUUUAAAGACAUAGGAAACACUCUUUUGUGCAAUGUAUGUAUUGUGAAAAGUGACCUAAUGGAUCUCUUAUUUCAUGUGUUUCGUUGCAUACGAUUCCAAAUAGAUUGAGACAAAUUGUCUAAAUUUGGCCAAAUUUUCUUGCAUGGUUUUCCAAAUUCAGUAUUAAAUAUGUUAAACAUAUAUAUUAGGAACUCUCCUUGAGCAUGGGCUGUGGGUCAAGGGGGGGGGGGGGGACAAGGGUACAACUUUGUGAGUUGUGGUACAUACAUAAGUCCCUAUAUGUAGUUGCUGUUUAUGAAAUUAAAUAUGCAUGGUUCAUUAUUUGAACUUUUACAUCUUAUUAAGUGCAGGUUUGAGGAUUUAUUUCUUCAGGACAAUUAACAAACUGUAUUAAUUAAUCUUGCACAAAAUUGUAGUAUCCAUAAAGAUACAAAUAUAUUCAACACUUUAAACUUUCUAAAUAUACAUUGUUUUGGGUUUGUGGUGGAUCAAUAUAUUAAAUCUAAUCAGCAAUAAGGGUGGAUAAUUCUUGAUUACAUAACUUUUUUUUUCUGACAGGGUGUAUAUAAGAAAAGCUCUCUGUAAUAAAUCAUUUCUGCUGGUUAAUUUACUUUACGUGAUAAUUUUUUUUUACAAUUUAGCAAGUGUCUAAUUAAAUUAAAGAGCUAUGCAUUUUGUUUGUGAUUUAUACUAGCAAAGAAGAAACAAUCAUGCCAUUCAUGUGAAUUAUGGUAGUAAAUGAUCAACUUUUCAACUACAAUAAGUGCAAUAAUUAUAGUGAAAUAAGUGAUAGCUGCAUGGAAGGAUUUCAAGAGUUUGGUAUACCGGUAUAUGUAAAUAAUCUUUUUUUCUGUUUAUUUUAAUGUACCAUCCUUUAGAUAACUGUUUGAUUGACACCAAGAUUAAUCUUUGAUACUGGGAAUUUUAUUUCCUUUCCCUCCAAAAUAAAGCCAAAUGCACAUGUGACAUAUUAUUGUAAAUAUUUAUUGCAUCCAUAUGUUCCUCAUCAGUUAUAUGUUAUACAACAUGAAUAUGAUGUAAUAGAAACCUGUCAUGACAAAAGUUGUGUGAACUUACUCUUUGGGGUACUAAUAAAGGGCAAUAUAUUGUAAAAGUGAAAAUCCACUAGACUCCUUAAACCUUGAAGAAGUACUCUCCCAAAAAGGAGAGGUUUAGAACUGCUGUAUCAUUGCUUCAGGUGAUGUGGUGAUCAUGUGGUAAUGUUCUUCUUUGUGCACUAUUAUACAGUGUGCUUGGUGCAGGUGGUGCAUAUAUGUCCCUUUUACAGCAUCUUAAGGGGAGGGGGAGGCAACAUUUGACAAACAAUGUUACUCCUCUGAAGCCAGUUAUGGAGGUUGUAAUUACUAAUUUACUGAUAAUGUUUAUUAUAGUGAUUCUCCUGAUACAUACAAGGAAGCAUGCCUGUGUUAUGCGGGCAAGAAUGAAAGCUGUAUCAUGUUGGAAUAAGAGGAGUUGCCAUUUCAAUUUGAUAAUACAGAACAAGUCUUAUUCAUAACAAUAAUGGGAAAAUUAUGCCCGUUCUUUGCCUUUCACAUGUUUUUCUAUAUUCACUAUUGUACAAAUGAGCUAAGAAGUACUGGUAUAUACUCUACGCACAAAAUAAAGCAUUAUCUUUCUUAUACAAAAAAAAAGUUAUCUCGCAAUGUUAAUUAAUAAAGUAGAAUAGAAACUGUAAAUAUUCUGUUUAGCCUGAGGUACUUUGAAAUUCCUCAAUAUUUAUAUUACUGAUAUCUUUCACGACUGUUCAUGCUCAUUCAUAAUGUGCAGUGUGGGUGUGUUAAUUUGGGGAACUUGAUAUCUAAAAAUGAGAUAUUUUAAUAGUGAAUUUAAAUCAGACUCGCAAUAGAUGGUUUCUUUUAAUACUAUGUCACGUUUUCAUUGAAAUUUGAUUUCCUGAAACAAUGGCUAGCGCAGUGCAGGAUGACCUGUGAAGUAAAUGUCAAAUCUGUUGCGUGCUAAUUAAAAUUUAACUUUCCCUUUGAUGCUACUCAAGUACAACAACUUGACUGAAAACAGAAAAUAAUCACAAUGCUUGUUGCCAUGACUUGAGUCACAGACCUUUUUCAAUGGGUAAUCAAAUCAGCUUUUGUUUGUUUUGUGUUUUUUUUUAAGAGGGGGGGGGGGGUGUCAAAUGUUCAGCUUUCCCAAAUUUGGAAUCUAAAUCCAUCUCCCUUAUUGAGAACAAAAUCAGAUUUUACUACGAAAAAGUGUUGUCAAUUGUGUAAACAAGAGGUAGUUUGAUAUCAUGGCUGAGUGAAUAAAAAGUGCAAAAUGCCAAAACUCACUUGUAAUGUGGUAUAAAAAUUCUGACCUGCAAUGUUUGAAAAGUGACAGGUUUAUCUUUCAUAAGUGCUCACUCUUGCAUGACUGGACAUAUCAAUUCCAUUUUUACACAGAAGUUACCAACUGCAGUAAUACUUCUACCAGGAUAUUCUAGCAUUUUGUGCUAUGUUUAGUAUGAUUAAUUGCCUGAGAUGAAGUUUUUAUUUCAUGAUAAAACUUUUAUACCGUAGUAGUUUCAUCUAAUGCUAAAUUUGUCUCUUAAGUCUUUAUAUGUCAUCCUAACUUGACAAAUACUGAAUACUCUCUUUUAAAUUUGUAAUGACAGAUACAGGAAAUAAAAAGGAUGAAUAAGAAGGAAUGGUCAUAUCACAUACAACUUUCAUUCCUGAAAUAUAUGAAAACAAGCACAACUCAGUUCAUGAAGCACGCUAUGAAAACUAAAAUAAUAAGCUAUGAAAUAAAAAAAAUGAAAUCUAAGAAAAAAAGAAGAACUAAAUUAAGGUUCACUUGCUUUCAUAGAAUAUUACAAUGUGCAAAGCCGUACUGUAUACAACACAAAUAUGUGAGAUGAUUUGUAUUAUCUAUGAAACAUGACAUUUUGAAGAAGAAAAUGUCUGAAAUAAUGAUUUAUCAUGGUUUUCCUGAUUUUACUCUUCCAUUCUUGAAAAAUGGCAACAGAUAAAUAUGUUACAUUGUUAUAAUGAAUUUUGUGAAUUCAUUUAUUUCGUUUAAUGUCCGUAGGAUACAUCUGUAAGUGUUCAUUUCUUUUACAAAUGAAUAUUUUAUGUUAGAACAGGGUAUAUCAAUAAAUGCCUUAUUUUAGUAAAAAUGAUUUGUCUCUCUGUUUGAAGAGGGUAUAAACAUGUAUCACGGGGUAUAGUAUCCGCACAUGAUUCAGUACUUCACUUUUUUGCCUGAGAAAUUAUUGAACUUGGUCUAUUCAAUCAAUAAUACCUUGAACUCCAAUUGUCUGUUGAUGGUCCAAGUGGGUAUUCCAUAUUGCAAAUGGAAGUUUCUAUGACUUGUUCUUUAAAAUAAAUUGUUGCAAAGAUGAACAAUCAUUGCCUGAUAUGUAAUGUUAUUGUAACUUGCCACUAUUCUCCAUGAAAUGCUUGAGUUUGAUUAGCCAUUGAGCCCUGUUACCAUGGUAGUUACAAUGAAAAGACGUUUUAUGCAACAGAAGUACACUUCAUGAUAGACCUACUUCAUACCCUUAUUACUUUUCCACUGUCUAAACAGGUGUUGAAUGGUAGAAUAUGAAAAUGCAUUUUCCCUUGCAUUGUGAUUGCUUCACAUUGCCAUUGGCUGAAAUACUCCAGAGAGAAUGAGUAAUGUACAUACAUAUCAUGCAGGCAAAAAAGAUAGAACCCAAUGAUAGGAAUAAUUAGUAAUAUAAGUGCCCAUAUGUUGUUAAUAACCAGGUAAUUAUAAUUAUAACAGGAUUAAUGGAUGCUCUUGAAAGUAAUGGGCGAUUUCUAAUUUGGUGUUGGACACUGAUGUUUUGGGUAAUGCAAAACUCACACCAACACAGCAUCCAUCAUAUAACACCAAACCUGAAAUAAGGUUGAUGCUAGGAUGGAUGUCACUUGGUGUUGAUCUAUCAACAUAUAUUCAUAAUUCCAAAUUCUGCCUUGGAGCUAGGUCUAGUGGCCUGAUAAUUGUUUUCUCAAUACCACCAAUAACAUAAACUUCUACUUGAAAAUCACCCACUGAAGCAACAUUAUAUUAAUGUUUUCCUGUUUAUUUUAUACAUAAUGAUAUACAUGUUUACAAUACGCACAAGUUUAAGUACCUCCUAAUUGCAGCUGUGUAAGUAGAAAUCUUUUUGUUAAGAUGUUCUAGCCUUGGAAUUCAUGAUCAAAGCAUUGUCCUAAAAAAGUUUAAUCUUUGUAGAUUAAUUUAGGGGAGGGGUAAUUUUAUACUUAAAUUUCAGAAUUGUUUAUUUUAAGGAUUCUGCAAUAUUUUAAAGGAUUUUAUCUUUUUAUCUGUUUUAUAUUCAGAUGUCUGUUUCUGUACUUUGUCAUAUCAUUUCUUGAUCAUAUUGUGAUGCCCGUAGUCUAAGCUAUGCAUGAUAAGUCUGAAAUGGGACAACUGAAAUUAUUACUGUAUGUACAUGUAUGUAGAACUCAAUAAAAUAUAAUCCGUAUUUUA